GGCGAAUCGGAAAAGGAAAGGGUUUUUGUCUCGAAGCCAAACCACUUCCCGCUUGCUGCCCGAAAAUGUCGGUCCAAGCGAAAAGGCAGCACUGUUAUCUGUGCGAUUUGCCGCGCAUGCCGUGGGCAAUGAUAAACGAUUUCUCCGAGCAUGUGUGCCGCGGUUGCGUCAACUACGAGGGCGCCGAUCGGAUCGAGCUGGUGCUGGAGACGGCCCGUCAAAUGAAACGGAUCCACUCGGCCGCCACCGGUGGCGGUGGCCCGGGCGGUGGUGGCAUCAUUGGCGGUGCUGGCGGAGGCGGCGGUAAACGGGGUGUCCACGAGAACGGGGAGCUGUCGCAUCGCUCGGUGCCGACGGUGGCCGGUCCGCUCCACUAUUCGGUCCGUGCCGGGCCGAACGGUCCGACGCUGGUCGAUUUUACGCCGAAACACGAACCCCACGACAUUGGCGGUGUGCGGGGUGGACCGGGGGCUCGCAUGCAGCAGCAUCUGCCACCGCAGCACCACGGUAUGCCACAACACGGCGGCGGCGGUGGUGGUGGCCGGCAGCAGGUCGUGCCUCCGGCACUGUCCGUGAACCUGAAACGACCGCCACCGGACGAUGACGACCACCAGAUGGAUGGUCCGACCGGGAGCGCUAAACGGGGCCCGGAGGACCCGUCGGUGGGCAUCGCACAGCGGCCACCGUUAACGCGGGGCGAAUCCCUGCCGGCGGUACCCUUCGUGCCCGAGCGGCAACCCAGCUACAAGGACAAACAUCCCGUGCGAACCGCUUCCUUCGAUACAGCUGCGUUCAAGUCGAUGGUUUAUCCGAACGUGAUACCGAUACCGCCCGUGUCGAUGGGUGACACGACACCACCGACCCCGUCGUCUGUCGCACCGUUGCAAAGCCCGAUGGCGAACCUAAUGUCGAUCACCGAAACUCUCCCGCCGGGCAGCCCACGCAAUGGACCCAGUCCACCGGGGCCACCGCCACCGCGGACAGCGUCUCGCGGGUCGCAGCAUUCGCCGAACAGUUCCGGUUCAUCCAGUGGGCGACGAUCGUCCGGUUCACGGCACGUGUCAAGCACGACCGUCACGUCGUCGGAGGUUCCGCAGCCGAACUCGUCCGUGCCGGGCAGUGGCGGUUCGACGACACCGAACGGUAGCGGCGGCACCGGAGGCAACGGUGGCACUCCGCCCGUUCCGAUGGGAGUUCCGAUGGGCGGCCCACCAGGACCAGGUCAGCAGCAGCAGCAACAGCAAAUGGGACAGCAACAAGGACCACCACCACCACAAUCGCAAGGCCAGCAACAGUCGCAACCUCCGCCGCCGCCCGACGGUGGCAGUAUGGGUGGUCCGGCCGGCGGCCCGAACAAUGUGAGCGGUCCCAACGCGAGCCCCGCACCGCCGGGCAGCGCGGGUGGCGGUGGCAGCGGCAGUGGCAAUGCUCCCGGUGGACCCGGCAGCACCGGCGGACCGGGCGGACUCCCGCCGGGCGCUGCUCCACCCAACAAUGCACCCGGCAGUGGACCUGCGCCCGCCCCGACACCGAACCCGACGCUCAAGUGUACGCUCUGUCAGGAACGGCUGGAGGAUACGCAUUUCGUGCAGUGUCCCUCGGUAGGCCAUCACAAGUUCUGCUUCCCCUGCAGCCGGGAGAGCAUCAAACGACAGGGCUCCGGAGCGGAAGUGUACUGUCCGAGUGGGGAAAAGUGCCCGCUGGCCAACUCCACGAUACCGUGGGCGUUCAUGCAGGGCGAGAUUGCGACCAUUCUGGGCGAAGAGCUGAAGGUGAAAAAGGAGCGAGAAACGUAGAGAAGUCGAGACACCGUUGCCGACUGUGCCGUUGCCGGCGUUUCGGCCACCGGACGACAGAUCAACACCACUAGCGGCACAGCCGCCACCACCGCUGCUACCAGGAACAGCAGCGGAAGUUGUAGUAGUAGCAGCAGAAGCAG